CAAAGAUACUCAGGUAUGAUUAAGAGGAGGGAGUUUGUAUUUAGCCACCCCAGAGUCCUUGCCUUGAUCCAUCAGCUUCAGCCAAGUCUGGCCAAGCAGAGUGCGGCAAGAUGGCGAGGCACAGAAUGCUCAAGAUUCUGCCUUUGACUCUGCUAGGCAUAUUGGCCUGGUGCUGCUACAGCCCGUCCAACUUCACCACAGUAAGGCUUCCCACACCACGUGGACGAGGAGGCGUGAUGCUAGCGGCCUUCCCCAGGGCGAAUCCUGGUGGUGCAGCGGAAAAGCUCAGAAUUGCCAAGUACGAGAAGGAGGAGGAGGCUGCAGCCUUGGUGAAGGCAGAGAAAGAGGAGGAAGAGGAUCCGGAGGGUACCACUGAAGAGAAGAUUAAGGCUGGUGGAAUCCUUUUUACCUACGCCAUGUUCUUCGUGAUUCCCAUCACCAUCUUCGGCGUCGUGCUGCUGGGCAUUUGGACCCCUGGCACGGAGAUCGAUCGUGGUGUGCCGGUCUUAGGUGAAAGUGAAAGCCAGUCCACAUGGGUCUUCGUUCCAAGACGGUUGCUUUGAGUGAAAAGUGCCAGAUCCCUGCGGAUUCGCCCAACCGCAGCAUGGGCGCGAUCUCGCGCUAUGACGAGAAGAUGGACCAGUUGAGGCUUGAGCAGCAAAACCGCCCCGAGAAGGAGUACUGAUCGCUGAGUGAGGUUAAAUCCUUAGCCACAUUGUUUCAGAGACUCGAGGCAAAUGGGUGGAGACACAAUCAGAAAC